CUUGCCUUACGUGUAAUUCUUGCAGUCGAUCUUCACUGUCAUAGUCAGUACGAUAGUUCACAUGGUUGUGCAAGUUUCACCCAAGAAUCACGAUACGUGAUUUAUUAUUUAUAGCCGCUGUUAAAGAGUAACACCUCUAGAUACGAUGCAGAACAAGUGUAUACACUGCAUGCGCAAAGUUUGGAAACACUUACAUCUCACAAAAAGACUAAAAUCAAUCAUGGGACGUAAACGGGACGUCAAAUCAUGCCCGCCUACGAUCAAAGCCAGAUCUAAAUUCGUAUCACGGAUACCUGUAUCACGCAAUAACCGACGCGAGACGAUUACACGACGUAAACGGCGCGACAAGUUGUCCACAACGUUACCCGAGAUCGAACUCACGCAACAAGUACAAUCUGCUCGAGUAAGAACAGCUAGCUCACGUACGGCUCGAGUCGGCGAUGUAUCGUCAAUCUCCAUGUUGGUUACCGAAGUAACGCCGCGGGAGCAGGCUGAUGAACAAAGCGACGGUGGUGCGAGUGCCGCGACGAUGCAGAGCAACAACGCGGACAGCAACAUGGACCUGACGACGGUGACGUCGAGCAACCCCGCUCUGGCGACACCGGGGUUGAACAACCCCACCUGGAAUCGUCAACAAGCGGUCAGCGUCAGGCACGCCUUCAAGACCUACGGCAGCAGUAAGAAUCCGAAUCACGUCAUACAGAAUCUCAGCAUGACGGUGGCCAAGGGAUCGAUAUACGGGUUGCUGGGCGCCAGCGGAUGCGGCAAGACCACCCUGCUAUCCUGCAUCGUCGGCCGGAGAAGAUUAAAUUCAGGCGAGAUCUGGGUGCUGGGCGGUAAACCCGGGACGAAGGGGUCCGGAGUGCCUGGGAAAAGGGUCGGAUACAUGCCGCAGGAGACCGCUUUGUACGGCGAGUUCACUAUCCGCGAGACCAUGAUGUACUUCGGCUGGAUAUUCGGAAUGUGCACGGCCGAGAUCGUCGAGAGGCUGCGCUUCUUGCUGCAAUUUCUUGAUCUGCCUUCGCAGAAUCGUUUGGUGAAGAAUCUUAGUGGCGGUCAACAAAGGCGAGUGUCUUUUGCAGUGGCUCUAAUGCAUGAUCCGGAAUUGCUGAUACUGGACGAACCGACCGUAGGUGUGGAUCCGCUGUUAAGACAAAGCAUAUGGAAUCAUUUGGUUCAAAUUACCAAAGAUGGUAACAAGACGGUCAUUAUAACGACUCAUUACAUCGAAGAAGCUCGACAAGCACAUACGAUCGGUUUGAUGAGAAGUGGUCGAUUGUUGGCCGAGGAAGCACCUAGGACACUUUUGCAAAUGUACAACUGCGCCUCUCUCGAAGAGGUCUUCUUGAAAUUAUCUAGGAAGCAAGGACAGUAUGCUCAACCUACGACAGAACUGAAUAUCUCGAACAACAUCAGUUUGGCUUCUUUAAACUGGGGGAAAAAAGAUGAGCCGGUAUACGUGACGGAGGAGUCUGGCGUUGUCGGGCUCAACUUCCAUCAAAGCAAAGAGGUCCUGAUCCACGACUCCACCAACGGAAUAGCGAAUCACUACGACAUAAAUGGCAAACCUUUGCCGGGUGCGAAAACCAAUUCUGUUCUGGAGUGCGACGAUUGCGGCGAUUUCACGGACUGUUAUAAGAUCACCAGUUGGGGCAAAAUCAAAGCGCUUCUGCAGAAAAACUUUUUGCGCAUGUGGAGAAACAUUGGCGUGAUGCUGUUUAUCUUCGCUCUGCCGGUGAUGCAAGUGAUUCUUUUCUGUCUGGCGAUCGGGAGAGAUCCCACGGGAUUAAAACUGGCCAUAGUGAACCACGAGAUGUUUUACGAGAACAUGACGUGCCCCAUUUCGACUAACUGCAGUUUCACACAUCUCAGUUGUCGAUAUCUCAACUUCCUGGAUAACGAAACAAUGAUAAAGACGUAUUAUCCGGAUCCAGAAUCGGCGAUGGAAGCUGUACGCAGAGGGGAAGCUUGGGGCACUUUGUACUUCACGGAAAACUUCACGGACGCCCUCGUGGCGAGGAUGGCCUUAGGAAGGGAUUCCGAUGACGAGACUCUCGACCAAAGCGAAAUCAGAGUUUGGCUGGACAUGUCUAAUCAACAAGUAGGCCUGAUGCUAGCGAGAAAUCUUCAAUAUUCGUAUAGAGAUUUUGCCAAGGAUCUUUUAUCGGCCUGCGAACAGAAUACGAAACUGGCUGACGUGCCAAUUCAAUUUAAGGACCCCAUUUACGGCACCAACGAUCCUAGCUUCACGGACUUUGUGGCACCGGGUGUAAUAUUAACCAUCGUGUUCUUCCUGGCGGUCGCGUUAACAUCAUCGGCGCUAAUUAUCGAGAGGAUGGAGGGUCUACUGGAUCGAAGUUGGGUGGCUGGCGUGGCACCCGGUGAAAUCCUAUUCUCCCAUGUAGUCACGCAAUUCGUGGUGAUGUGCGGUCAAACGGCCCUGGUGUUAAUCUUCAUGAUCCUGGUGUUCGGCGUCGAGUGCAAAGGCGACAUCGGCUGGGUUAUCAUACUGACGAUCCUUCAAGGACUCUGCGGCAUGUGUUUCGGGUUCGUGAUUUCGGCGAUUUGCGAACUCGAAAGGAAUGCCAUCCAGCUGGCUCUGGGCAGCUUCUACCCUACGCUUCUUCUCAGCGGUGUAAUAUGGCCGGUGGAGGGCAUGCCAACGAUUCUGCGAUAUAUCUCGCAAGGUCUGCCACUGACGAUGGCAACGACCGCCCUGCGCUCCAUGUUGACUCGCGGCUGGAGCAUCACGGAGCCAAACGUCUACAACGGCUACUUAUCUACUAUCAUCUGGAUCAUCGUGUUUCUCACGAUAAGCUUAUUAGUGCUAAAGUUCAAGCGCGGAUAAGAACAGUUUGUAUAGGUUUCUUGCGUCCGGAUUGUAUUUGGUGUACAGUGGCCCGUAAACAUGCCGCGGCGGGUAGACGAAAGAGAACAAGAGUGAGAAAAAGAGGAAAAA